AUGGCUGUAAAUUCACUGCCCAGAUUACCCUUGCUUGCGUUCUUGGGCUAUCGGCGUCAGAUCGGCGUCGGAACGAGAGGCAAGGACAGGACAAAGGAGCUUUUUAACGUGGGGGCAGAGAAAGCAGAAGAGAUCCUUUUGAAGGGAAGGCGCCUCGGCCAACCAGACAUGGCCACGUGUCUCGAACCCAGCAACCUGAAGAGUCUUGCGGCGUUACAGGCCCUAAAGCGCCUCCACGUGUGGGACGCGGACUUCAAGAAGAUGCGCGAGCGGCACCGCGCGGCCGCGCUGCGGCUGCACCCGGACAAAGCCCCGAGGACCGGGGGCGACAGAAUGCGCGAGCUCAACGGCGCGUACGCAAUGGCCAAGACGCCGGAGCUGCACUUCGCUCUAUCGCAGCUGGAUCUGAAAGCGCGCGCGCGGGAGGAGGACCGCGCGCACGCGUUGAGAAGGCGGGAAACGAUGCAGAAAGAGACAGGGGAGGGUGCCCCGGGGGAGCAGAAGCGGGGGGAAAGUGCCCGGGGACUGAGGGCGGGGAAAAAGGAGGAACUAGAAAGGGCGGAGAAGAGGAAGGCGGAAUUGAUGGCGAAGCUGCGGGAGCAUGACCGGAAAUUGAGAGAAGCGGUUGAGGGGAAACGGAAUGUACCGGAAGAACGGAAAGUUGGAAAGACCUAUUUCGAGGGGCGAAAGGAGCAGGGGGGAGCAGAAAAGGAGAGGGAGAGGCGGAUAAGGCACGGAGAGGACGGGGUUGUGUUGAAUGCAAGAAUCUUCUGCGAAGAUUCUGAAGACGGAGAGAAUCUGAGAAAGGAACAUAACCUGAGCGGGGAGAAAGAACGGAACGGAACGGAGGAGUUCGGAGAAGCACAGGAGCGGAAGCGACGGGGGUUGGAGGACUUCGCGAGAGGAGUAGAGUUCAGUUGGAGAGAGGAGCUUAGGAAAGCGCGCGCGCAGAUGGGCCGCCAGACGACGAUCCUAGAUAAGCUGCGGGAAGAGGCGCGGAACUUCGGCGCGGGGGGAGAGUUUGGCACGGGUUCCGGGCCCCCGGAGGAAUCCGAGGCAGGGAUCGGGAGUAACGCUCGCGCAAAAUGCGCGCAACAAGAGCGAGAGCGCGCGCGAACACCCGUCGAUGAGCUGAUUGGUAGGAUCAUGGAGAAGAUUCGGAUCAUGGAGGUGAAGAACGAAGAGCGACUGGAUGCCUACCGCGCAACUAGACUGAGUGAAAGAGCAGAUGGGGCGUGA